AUGAGAAUAUACAGGUGUUGGUUUUGUUCGAGUCCAAUAUACCCUGGUCACGGGAUUCUAUUUGUCAGAAAUGACUGUAAAGAAUUCCGUUUCUGUAGAGGAAAGUGUCAUAAAGCGUUUAAAAAGCAUAAAAAUCCUCGCAAAGUAAGAUGGACUAAAGUUUCCAGAAGAGUUCGCGGGAAAGAACUAACUGAUGACCUUUCCCAAACAUUUGAGAGGAAGCGAAAUUCAUUACUGAAGUAUGAACGAGCAGCAGUUCAAAAAAUCGUUGAUGCUGUUCCAAAAAUUGAUCAGAUCAAGCAUAAACGAGAAUCCGCAUUUAUCAAAAAACGACUUUCGAAAGGAGUACAGUUGCGUAGAGAAGAAGAUAUUAAACUUGUUAACACACAAAUGCAUCUUAUUGAAGCCCCAGGAGCCAAAAGAAAACGUGAACUAAUGGAUAUUGAUUCUGAAACAGAUUUGUCAGAAGAGGAAACAAUGGACCUGUCAUUUACUGAACUCGAGGAGACAAGUAAAAGAAAAGCAGUUGAUAAGUCAAAAACUCGUGGCAAGAAACAAAAAAUCGCUUUGGAAGCUAGCUGA